UGAUCAAUGGUUCAUUUAUUCUAUUUCAUAUUAUGCCAAACUGCUGCCUGCUGACAGUUGUCUUAAAUUUUGUUAAGGAUUUUUAAGUUUACUUCACCAGGGUCACUAUAUAGAAGUUUCUCGGCAAAAAUUCGAUGACAUGUUGCUAGCGGGCGAGUUCCUCACCUACAGCGAGAUGGAUGGCGAAUCGUAUGGACUGAGUCGCGAAGAGGCAUUUAUAUCAGACGGUAAAGUGCGUGUCUGCAGCAUGAAUCUCAUAAGUGCUUUGAUGCUGAAGCUACGAGGACGGCGUCCAUAUUUGAUUCUGACCACAUGCCAUGACAAGAACGCAUUAGCUGCGAGACAAAUUCUACGCAAAGCAGUGCGCAACAGCGAAUACGAAAAACGUAUGUCAAACGUCCCAAUCCCGCAGCCGUCCACGCUGCAUGUGCUGCUUUCUGGACGCAUUAUCAUCAACGGAAUCCUUAAUGAGAUCAUCAUGAGUCUGCCAGAAGAGAAGUACAAGAGCGAGUUCGCAUUGGACUCCGAAUGUUCGCUGCUCAUGGAGAGCAACCAGCGCCAAGGGAUGCGAGCGUUCGUCAGAGGUCCCGACCUACUCACAAUACUCACCAAUUCCUCCAGCGAGACAUCUGUAUACCGCAAGGAGCGAAUUACCAGUCAGGAAAUGGACGCCAGCCUCUACUCUAUUUACAAGUCACGGGAUUCUUCAGCGGCUAUGAACAUGUCAUGCGACGAACGAAAGAACGGUAGCAAAAAGAAGGAAAAUGAUCAACCAAAAACAACAUUUGGGCUCAGAAAAACCGAUCCUGGAUCAGGUACAAGAUCAGGAUCACGGCAGAUAACUAUAGCUUUCGACAGCAACAAGUCAUCAAAAUCUGUUACUUUUCCGGAUACCCUUGGCCCGGCCAUUGAACCAAAAACCGAACAAGACCAGCAGGACAAGCCAAAAUACGGUCAGGAAAGCAAAGGAAUAUCCAUUAGUAAAUGUUUCGCGGACAGUCCACCAGCGGCAAUGGGCUCGGCGACCAAAGCAACUUACGAUACUCUAGAAGAUGCUGACCUGUGGCUUGCGUUUCUUCUGGAGACGGGACUGCUUGAGAUGAGUGAAACAGGUCCAAGCCCAUCCAUUCGGAUGGCCACCCGUCGACAAACACUAGCAGACAGUCCAGAAUCUAUCCUUCAGCAGCUCACUUACUACAAUAAGACGCCCACGGCGACCGUUUCCGCAACUUUGAGAGACGACUACGAGGGUAUACACCGUCUGUGUCCAGGAUUGUUUCGUGAUACUAUUGCCUUGGAUGAUCCCAAAGAAGCCUUCCGCAAAGCCAAGAGCAUUAUAAAAGAUAUCGUCAACUCACAGAAGGGAUUGGGCCCAAUGUUUGACAUUGACUUCGCCAAUAAUCUCGAUUAUUACCCAACUGUGAAACAAAGAUUGGAAGAUAUUCGUCAGGAGAUAGCGCCCCGACAAAUUUUCCAUUAAAAUAA